UAUAACGUCACCGCCUUAAGGGUUUUAAAGUCUGAUUAAGCUCACCCACACACACAUCCUCGUCAUUUUCAGCUGUAUUGCAUCAGGGCGGUGUGAGAGAAUCCCUCUGCCCGGUGCAUGAGCUUUGGAUACCGCACGUGAAAAUAAGGAAGCGCCGGAGCACAUGUUCUCAGAGAGGACACGAAGGAUAUUCAGUUCUCACAAGUCUCCAUGAGGCGGUGGAAGAGACUGGACAUGUUUAUCUUUUAAGUGCAAUUUUGGUGGAGUCUCAGGUGAAAAUUGGAAGCUGGACUUUGUGUGCUCGUGUGAUGAUCUGCACCUGGCGGAGUGAAGGACGCAGGGGAUGCUGGUGAUCUCCGGAUCCACACCGAGCAACGCGCACACUUGAACACGGAGAAAUCCGCCGUCGUUCUUCCUUCUCCUGCGCUCGGUUUUCUUUCUCUGCAAAUCACGCAGCGCACUCAAAACCAGCAGACUUCACUGACACAGCCUUCCACAAGACCUGGUGAGAAGUGGACAUGACGGACGGACCGAGACACCGAGGGAGCGCGGCACCUGCCGGCGGGGAAGAAGCGCCGCAAGCCGGGAAAGCAGGAGGACAAUCCUCCGUGGCUCUGAAAAAGGAGAUCGGGCUUGUGAGCGCCUGCGGGAUUAUUGUCGGUAACAUCAUUGGCUCGGGGAUCUUUGUCAGUCCUAAGGGUGUGCUGGAGAAUGCUAGCUCCGUUGGCCUAGCGAUCAUCGUCUGGGUUGUUACGGGUGUCAUCACCGCUAUCGGUGCCCUCUGCUAUGCUGAACUAGGGGUCACCAUCCCGAAGUCUGGCGGUGACUACUCUUAUGUCAAGGACAUCUUCGGUGGACUGGCAGGGUUCCUGAGAUUAUGGAUCGCUGUUUUGGUGAUCUACCCCACCAACCAAGCAGUCAUCGCUCUCACCUUCUCCAACUAUGUCCUGCAACCGCUCUUCCCCACCUGCUUCCCACCCGAGAACGGCCUUCGUCUGCUUGCUGCCAUCUGUCUCCUGCUGCUGACGUGGGUGAACUGUGCGAGCGUGCGCUGGGCCACACGCGUACAGGACGUGUUCACGGCUGGGAAACUGCUGGCCCUCAUCCUUAUCAUCAUCAUGGGCAUUGUACAGAUCUGCAAGGGCGACUAUUAUUGGCUGGAGCCAGUCAAUGCCUUCGAGCCGUUUCAGGACUAUGAUGUCGGUCUGAUAGCUCUAGCAUUUCUGCAAGGCUCCUUCGCUUAUGGAGGUUGGAACUUCCUUAACUAUGUGACCGAGGAGCUGGUUGAUCCCUAUGUAAACCUACCUCGUGCAAUCUUCAUCUCCAUCCCCCUGGUGACUUUUGUUUAUGUUUUUGCUAACAUUGCGUACGUCACCGCCAUGAGCCCUCAGGAGCUGCUGGCCUCCAACGCUGUUGCUGUGACGUUUGGUGAGAAGCUGUUGGGAGUGAUGUCAUGGAUCAUGCCCAUCUCAGUGGCUCUGUCCACCUUUGGGGGGGUCAACGGCUCCCUCUUCACCUCCUCUCGGUUGUUUUUCGCUGGUGCCAGAGAGGGCCAUCUCCCCAGCCUGCUAGCUAUGAUCCAUGUGAAGCGCUGCACACCUAUUCCUGCUCUACUCUUCACUUGUAUCUCGACCCUUCUGAUGCUGUGCACUAGUGACAUAUACACACUUAUCAACUAUGUGGGCUUCAUCAACUACCUCUUCUAUGGUGUAACAGUUGCCGGGCAGAUUGUCCUGCGCAUCAAACAGCCUGACAUGCCACGACCAAUCAAAAUCAGCCUAGUGUGGCCAGUGAUCUAUCUGCUGUUCUGGGCCUUCCUGCUGGUCUUCUCUCUGUACUCUGAGCCUGUGGUUUGUGGUAUCGGCCUGGCCAUUAUGCUCACUGGUGUUCCCGUCUACUUCCUGGGAGUGUACUGGGAUAACAAGCCCCAGUGCUUCAACACAUUUGUGGAUAAGAUGACUUACCUGGGCCAGAAGUUCUGUGUGGUGGUCUAUCCAGGAGAGGAUGAGAAGCCUGAAGACUGCCGAGAAGACGGGAUCGAGAUGAAAGAGGAGUCUGCUCCUCUGUCUGCAGCAGACAGCGCAACACCAAACUCGGCUAAUUACUGAAUACAAGAAUGCAGACAUGCACACUCUCUCACACACACACACGGUCACGUGCAGAGUGCCCGGAUGAUACAGAUCCACACUGGCAAAAUGGGUGUUGAACUCCUAAAACACACACUAGUAAGCCUUUUUCGAUUGCUGCACAUGUGCAGGGUUGUCAUUUCCUAUCAGUAUGAGGUAGACUGAGGUAGAGGUGAGAGGUUAGUGACGAGGAUGGGUAAAGGAGCUGGAUGCUAUUCCAGUCCUCUACGUGUUUAACUUAACACCUCAACAUGGCCGCCAUGCUGCAGUAGCUUCUGUAAAGAAUCCAGCUACAUUUUACCCCCCAUCUCUUAAGGCAACGUAAAAUAAACCAUUAAAACCGAAUGUACGUAAGACUGUGCUAUUUUGGUAAUGUCUGAUUUGUAAUACAGAAUCAAAUCCGCACUUUUUUGUUAAUGUAUAAAAUCCAACUAAAAUGAUUUUCAUAUCCACACUCUAGCUUUGUACCUCUCAUCCUCUGACCUCGAGUACUCCUCCACCUUUUUCUUUUAUUACAGAUGUAGUCAAUGUACUACAGUGUUUUCAUCUAGACACACACGCACAUUAUAAAUAUAUAUACAUACACAUGCCACAUCCAGAUCCACACCGUUUGCUUAGUGCAGUAUUAGUCUUUGACGUCCUACAAAAUCGUCUUUAGUGUAGUUUAACCAUGCAAUGUAUUUUGAUUCCAAUAUUUAUUAGAUUCAGCUCCACCACACACUAAAAUUUUAUUUCAAUUCCAAAAUGUUCUUUUUUUUUUUUUUUAUCCACAAUUGUGAUGUUUUGUCUUUAUUGUUAUUCCUUUGUGUCAUUUUCAGUCAAUACUUUUUUUUUUUUGUUUUUUAUCCAAUUGAUAACUCUGGGAUUUUCUUUUUUUUAAGCUUGAGAUAGUAUCUAUAAAAUAUAUAUAUUUAAGAAACACAUUUUGUGGUUUAGAGUAGUUUUCUACCAGAGUCUUUGGCUGGUGUGCGUACCAUUCUAACGCUUUUAAUUGCCUUAAUUAUAAUAUUAGAUAAUAUGCCUGUAUUUAGGCAUUCAUGUUAUCACUGUUUUAUUUUUGUUUUUUUAAACACCAUUGAACACCCCCCCCCCCCCCCCCCCCGCGCCUUUUUUUUUUUUUUUUUUUUUUGAAGAUAAAACAGUUUACGAAAAAAAAAAAAAAAAGGCUCUGAAAUUUUAUGCUGACUGCUUCAUAGGAUGAACUGGACUAAUAACAGCAUACAUGAUUUUUAGUGGUGAUUUUCUUUUAUUAUAUUCACACACCCUGAAGUAAAAGACACACUUUCUAAAAACACUCAUGAAUGUGUUCAAUUGUAAAUUAAAAGAACUAAUACGUUGGAAUUAAUUUCACGUGAGUAAAAAGGAUGUAUCUUCACGUGAAGUAGCUUGUCUUAGUUCACAUUUCGAAAAAAAGGAAAACGACGAGAUGUAAGGGAGUGCUAUAUUUUUGUUCUUGACAUGACUGUCGAAAAGACACAAAUAUAUAAAAACAAAAUAGAGGACUGUAUAAAUGAGUACUUGAGUACUAAACAUGUAUUUAGAGUCAGAUAAGUCAUUUGCUAUUAAUAUUCUUAUUACUCUAAAAUAAUUUAGCUGUAUUAUAGGUGUUAAUGUGGCUGCAAUAACUUGACUAACUUUAACUGACCAAACCAGCCCUUCUCUUCACCUUCUAUAUCAUAUAUCUGUGCUGCCACUGUAAAUAAAAAAGAAAUGAUGGUAUACACAGCUGACAGUGCUUAUAUUGUCCAUAUUUGCUAUUGUGAGAUGCCAUUUGUGCAACAGGAUUUCAUGUAGGAUUAUAUUCUCCCAUGUCCAAAAUCCUACAUAACCCAAUCCGAUGCAUUUAGUUUUUGCAGUGAUUUGAGUGAUCGAGACACACACUUUCUCAUGAUUCUGCAGCUUUUUCCUUUUUUUAAAUGUAAAAAAUAAAUAAAUACAUAAUACGACAGAGGUGCAAUCAUUCAAAUGUACUUCCCAACAAUAGCAAAAUGGACAGAAAGGUUCAGAGUUGGCUGGUGUGUGUGUGUGUGUGUGUGUGUGUGAUGUUCAUGGUCGCAGGGUCUAUGUCUAUGUGCCUACGUAGUGAUGUCACGCUUUUUCCUAAUCAAUACUCGUGGAAAAAUGAUCACCACUAAAAUGAGUGCCAAUUGUUCCCUGUGUGUAUAAAUAUAGUAAAUGUGUGCAAGUGCUUGUGAACAAGCAAUAGAAUGUAUAGUGCUGACUUUCAGGACACAUCUUAAGUCUCAUAUUAAAAGAAAGAAACACUAUUAAAAUAACUUUCUCCAGGCUUAUAAAUCUGUUUGAUUUAUAAUUCUAUACACACCAUUUUGCAGGAGGUUUAGACGUCACUAGAUCUUUCACGGUAUAUGUGAUAAUCAAUAGGAAAUCUUAACAGUGUUGCACAUCUCAUUCACUACAAACACUCAGAGCAUAUAUACACUGUCAAUUCCCACAGACUUCUGAAGACAGGCCACUGAAAUCCAUGCAAAAUGUUGGUGUAACCCAUAACUGAGCUCUUUAGAUGUGUCCACAGGAUAUGACUCCCCACCCCUCGGCAACACGUGAUUGAUGUUUAUGAUAUUUAAAAUGUCUUUGUCGUGUUACAUUUCAAUUGAGCUUGUUUUUGUUAGAUGGGUUUUUUUUUUUUUUGACAUGAAAAGUUAAAUACUGAUAAAUACAGUGAAAAUCUCAAAUCAUCCAACACACAUUACUUCAAGAUGAAGUUUCUACUGAUCUCGUUUCUUAUGGAUUUUGUAUGUGUUUCAGCUGUGUAUUGAAGACAAAUAAAUCUCUACACCCAAAUUAA